CGUCUAGAUUUUUGUGACAAAUUGAAGUGGAAAAAGUUACCAGUUUAACUAUUAAUUCAUAUUUAUUAAUUUUCUCAAAUAUGGAGAUCAUGCGAUUCCCAUUGGUCAUACGUAUUUUGAUAGUGAGUGGGAUACUGCAAUCAGCACGUGCCAGAUCGACAAGGGACGUAAUCGAUAUUGAUGCUUACUUGGAAAAUUUCGGAUACCUGGAGAAAAUUGCCGAUUCUUCACGUGGUCCAGUCAGCCAUGACGAGGCUAGCCGGAGUGAAGCGAUCAGGGACUUCCAGAAUUUCAACGGUCUGCAGGUGACUGGUCAAAUUAACGAUGAAACGUUACAUAAAAUGAGACAGCCUCGUUGUGGAUUUCCUGACAAUCUUGUACCAGCUGCGCCUCAAAACCUGGUUCGCCCUCAGGAGUACAAUGCUCCAGGAAACAAAUGGAAAAAGAAUUCUGUCACGUGGAAUGUUCUUAAACACAGCAACCAACUCACCGAGGGAAUCCAAAAACUCGCCCUUCGCAACGCCUUCAAGUAUUGGUCGGACGUUUCCCCACUACAGUUCCGGGAGACAAGCGGAACUCCAGAUAUCGAAAUAAAAUUUGAAAGUGGUAACCAUGGUGACGGGCGAGCAAAUUCUUUCGAUGGAAGAGGUGGAGUUUUGGCGCAUGCCUUUUUCCCUGGUAACGGUUAUCUCGACGGCGACACUCACUUUGACGAGGGUGAGAGAUGGGUAUACCAUUCUAACAGCGGAACGGAACUGGAAACCGUGGCCGCUCACGAAUUUGGUCAUGCCCUGGGAUUAGGUCAUUCCAGUAACCCCUCGGCCCUUAUGGCUCCUUAUUACAGAGGGUAUAUCCCCGGCCUUCGUCUUCAUGACGAUGACAUCCGAGGAGUUCAGUCACUAUAUGGUGGUCCUUCUAGACAGCAGACGACAGCACCAACUCCAGAAACAACAACAACAACAACAGCAACAACAACAAAAACAACACGAUCUACUAUGACGCUCAAUCCAUCAACAAGGUCCAUUACCACAACAACACAGGUCCCGAGCUCGACUACAUCAAAAAAUACUCCUACCGAUGACGAGUCUUUGUGCAACAUUAAUUUUGACGCCAUUUCAUCCGGUCCAGAUGGCGCUACCUACGUCUUCCGGAACCAGUUAGUUUACAAGGUUACCGCUAGGGGACUGGCUGCAGGGUUUCCGCGUUUUAUUCGAGAAGUGUAUCCCGACUCGCCCAGAUAUGUGAAAGCAGCCGUUUAUCUAAAGAGCACAGGCGAAACAUUUCUCUUCAGUAAUCAUGGUAAAGUAUGGCGUUAUCUAGGUUUUAACCUUCAGGACGUAAAGCAAAUGGACAGCAUCACCUUCCGGUCAGCUAUCGCCGUGACCACCCGUCGUAAUGGAAAACAACAAAUCUAUCUUUUCGGGACCAGGAACUUCUGGGGAUUCAACUCCCGUAUAAUGAACGUAUCAAGAAGGUCGGGCUAUCCUCUUCCCAUUAAUAUGUACUGGGGAAUGUUUCCUCGUUAUUCUACUGCAGCAAUGGAGUGGAAAGACGGACACAUGUAUUUUUUCAAGAAGCGAAGUUAUGUUCGUGUGAGUCCGAAAACCCGAAAUGUGGUACCAGGACACCCAGGAGAGAACGCCGCGUCUUGGUUGAAAUCAUUGUGCUUAGAACCCAAUCAAUAGGACUGUUGCUUCUUAAGAUCGGGACUACAUCAAUACUCGGACAAUGGUCAUGAACAUCAAGCAAUGAUCCGCAUAUCUCAGUGCAUGGAAGAAUGUAUGACAUAUCUGUGAGCACGACCGUGGAUGCACGUCUCAUUCGAAGUUUCCGAAUCCGAACUCUCGUAUCCCGCAAAGGAGCUGCAUGUUGUAUGAUUAUCCCCAUGUUUCUAAGUACAGUAUGUACACUGAAGAUGUGAAAUAUUUAAAAACAUCAACAAAUAGAUGAGAAAAAAUAACAAAAAACAAAAAUGAAAUGUCGAAAAACUUGCUUAAAUACGAUGUGAAACAAACAAGCUUAAAGCACCAUGUGUCUCACAAAAUAACACAUGGUAAGGUAUGUAUUGCGCUGAAAAUACAAAUACAGUUCUCCAAAAAAAUGCUUAUUUUUUUGGCACAAAUGCAUUCUCCUUGACAAUACUGCCCAUUCUAUAUUUAACAAAUUCUUGUCUUACACGACAAUUGCACAAGAAGAGCCAAAAUAAACAUGCUUUAGCAGACAUUUUAAAAGUUUCGCGCCAUAAAUAUAUGGAUAUAUCUUGUUCACAAAUCAUCCACGUGCUCAACUUGUACAGCAAUUAUUUCAUGUCUCACGAAGACCCGUCCUAAUCAGCGCAUUGUUCCAUAUCACUUACCUCCGUGUGAGUGACGUAUAUUUACCAAGUAUAAUAUUCGGGGCACAUAUUGGGACUUCCUCAGUACAACAAGGGCUUAUUUAUUGCUAGUUAAUUGGCUUAGGUAAUUAAGGGUGUAUCUAUGCUAUGUUGAACAACAAAAUGUCUCUCCGCCUCUAUGUUGAUUGUUUGUGUGGGUAGAAGGUAUGUAAGUUAUAUAUUUAUUUUGUGUCAUUAUUUAAUGAGAAUUUGAAAGUGUGAAAUGAAGUAGAGAAAUUGAGAGUGACAGCAAUC